UGGCAACACUGUUUGCACAUGCGCAGUUCAUUCAUGUCUAUGUCAGCUACCGUGCGGUGAUCUGAGUGUGCCGCUCCUCUCACUUCAAAGCUUCAAACACCUCCAACAUGACGCUUCACUUGCUGUUCUGAGGGGGUGGGCGUGUACAAUCUGCAAGUGUACACCCAGCAGCAGCAGCCAUUAAGAACUUCUCAAUGAAAUAGUUGGCAACGAAAGUAUCAUGAAUCGUCCUCAGUGGAUUAUUUACUCACAACUGGACAGAGAGAUGAUCUCCAUUAUUAUUAUUAUACUGUUUUACUCAGUAUGUGCACUCCAAAUCAAGUGUGAGAAACACUCACUCCAGUAUGAGUACACCGCCCUUUCCACACCGGACACAUUCUCUGGAUCUGUGUUCAGUGCUGUUAGUGUGUGUGAUGAUAGACAGAUCUCUCACUACAGUCAUGAAGAACAAGACUGGAAGAAAUCAGAAAUCUGGAGAGAUGUUCCUGAACUACAUGAGUCUAGAGACUGGUUUCUACAUCAGGUUAAUAUUCUGUCAAACUGCACAAACUCCAAGUGUUCUGAGCUUCAUGUAGUUCAGAGAAGAGUUGGAUGUGAGGUGGAGAAACUUCCUGAUGGAGCAAUCAAGUAUCUGGAGGGGUUUAAUGAGUAUCAAUAUGAUGGAGAAGAUUUUAUUGCCUUUAAUUUUAACACAACACAGUGGAUCAAUAAAAAUCCCAAAGCCAAAGAAACAAAACUGAAGUGGGACCGUCAAACAGAUCGAAACCAAAUCAUCAAGGAUCAACUAAACAACUGCAUGAACUGGAUCUCCACAUUUAAUAAUACUCAAAGAACUCGUCCAGAUGUUGAGAUGUUUGCUGUUGAAUCUCCUCAAGACCAAAACAAGUUGAUUCUGACCUGUCUGGCCACUGGUUUCUACCCCAAACACCUGGAGAUGAAUAUGAUGUUGAACGGCAUUAAACUGGAUCAUGUAAACUCUUCUGGAAUCAGACCAAACGGUGAUGAAACCUUUCAGCUGAGAAUCAGUGUGGAGAUCCACAGAAAUGAGAAAGAGGGUUUUGAGUGUCAUGUCAAUCACAUCAGUGUAAAAGAGCCGGUUAUAUCAGAAUGGGAUGGAAAAUGCAGAAACUGCAGUGAAGCAUCUAGAACAAAUAUUAUAACAAUCAUAAUAGCAGCAGUCACAGUUACAGUGUUCAUGAUUGCGAUUUGUGUUUAUAUCCACAAAAGAAAAGGGUCUAAUGUCCAGUUAAACUGUAAUGAGUCUGACAGAAGAGAGAAAAGUGACUCUGAGAAGACUGAACGACUCAAUGCUGCUGAUUCACCUGAGAAUGAUUCAUCAAACACACUGUAAGAGAUCAUUCAGGUAUCUCCACGUCAGAUUCAUGGACAUUUCUUUCUGCAAGCAGGAUAGUAAAUCAUUUUGGAGUUGGUCAGGACUGCAGAAUCUAGCACUUGCACUCUUUUAAUACACAGCCACACAUGUGUAAUCCGGGCAGAAUUUGGUUUGAAGUUGUCCUGCUGGAAAAUGCACUGAUGUCCCUGAAAGGACUGUGAUGGAUGACAGUAUAUAUGUUUCUCCAAAAUGUGUACAUUUCUGUCUGCAUUCAUGGUGUAAUCAUGGACAUGUGAGUUACUCGUGCCAUGGGCACUGACACACCCCUGGCCCAUACAGACACUGGCUUUUGGACCUGACGCUAAUAACAUGUUGGAUGGUCCUUUUCCUCUUUGGCCCGGAUAACACAACAGCUUUGUUUUUCAAAAACAUUUUGUGUUAUUAACAAUGUGGACUUGUCGGACCAAAGAAACAUGGUUCCACUCUUCUACUUUCCUUCUGAGAUGAGAGCGAGCCCAGAGAAGUCAGCAGCCUUCUGGACAGUGAUGAUGUACGGCUUCUCCUUUACAUAGUAAAGUCUUAACUUGCAUUUGUGGAUGCAGCGGCGAGUGGUGUUGACUAACAAAGGUUUAUUACUAAAGUAAUCUCAAGCCCAUGUUCAUGUUCAUGUAAUCCAUUACAGAUGAAUGCUGUUUUUAAGAUCGUGACAUCUGAAGGAUCAGAGAUCACGAACAUUCAGAAGUCUUUGUUUUAUUUGUACAAAAAAUGUGAAUGUUUAGCCAGUUCUCGCCGCCUCCAUUCCCAUUUCAACCCCCGUUACAGUCACGUACUGCAGAUGCACUUUAUUUUCAUUUGCACAGUAACAUUUUUCAGCAUUAGUCACUAUUCUAAAGUCUCUUUUACUACAUUUUUCUAAUUUAAGAUGUUUAUUUGAUCUGUGUUUGGACCUUGUGAAUAUCUCUUUCAGUGUGUUAAUACUGUUGUAAUGUAAGUUGACUGUCACUCCACUGGAUUUGUAUUAUCUUUUGUAUUGUUUACUUUAAUGGUUAUGAAUCAUUCUGAAUCACUGAAGGAGAUCUCUCUCCCAGGCCAGCUUAAACUCUGGAACAGUCUUCCUGUUACUGUUAUUAGAACCACCUCGACUAUAUCGAUUUUAAAUCAAAAUUUAAAUCAUAUUGGUUUGCAAUAGCUUUUAAUCAGUGAGGUGAUCGUUCUUUCUAUGCCCUAUAGGUGUAUUGCUGUGGAUUGUUUAUUUUAUUUAUGUAUUUUUAUUGAGUUUGAACUUAUAUUUUACUAUGUACAGCACAUUGGUCAA